UUAAUAAAAAAGCCUUUUUACCAGCAACAGAAUGCCUGGCCUAUUCGAUACAUGCACCUGGGUGCAGCUCCCCCUAGAGGCCUCAUGUGUAAGUGCCUGUGCCAGUGGAUACAGUUUGGGGCUCCGUGCUUACCUCUCCUAUCGCAACACUAGUAGUGAAACCAUGCAAGCCAUGUUUAUUUAUCUUCUGGAGGAGGGGGAAGUGGUAACGAGCUUUGAGGCAGUGACUGGCAACAGGAGGGUUCAAGCACAGAUUCAGAGUCAGAAUCGAAUGGAGGAAUGCUGCUUUAGUUGUCAGUGGGAGGCCCUGCCAUGUUACUGCCCAAGUGGUCACCUUGUAUUGGACGCAGACACGGCGCACAAUGUAUUUGUGCUUAGUGUGGGAGCUGUACAUCCCUCUUCAGUAGUGAGUGUGACUCUGCAAAGUAGCAGAGAGCUGCAAACUCUUCCAGGAGGAGCUGUGCGUGUGACCCUCAACUCCACCCUUACACCCUUGGCCCUGAAUCCAGGGGAUCCUAACGAGCAUGGGGAUGGUCUUUCUGACGACAGGUUGUGCUCAUGUCCGGCCAGUUGUUUUGGGAGUGUGAGCGGAGCAGGGGUAAAUUCCUGGGUGCUGCUUCCAGAUUCAUCAUCCCAGUUACUGCACUCUUCACAUCCCCGAUCUCUUUCUACUGCUCUCACUGGCAUGGCCACGAACCCACAGCGCUAUCAGCUUUCUUUCCGCUUACAAGUUCAGGGACCUUGCCUUCUGGCAGGUAUAGAGAGUCCAUCCCAUGCUCUCCGUGCUGAUGCAAGCCCUUUUGCACUCUCAGCUUCCUCUAUCUGGAUUAGCUUGGCAGAAGAGUAUAAGUGUGACCGUGCUUUGGAAAUUAUCCUGCAUCUUAGUGAACCCCAUCUUCCUCACCUUUGUUUGGAGAGAGGCACCAAGAGUUUUUCCCAGUAUGAGGCACACAUAAAAGAAAGGAAAGAUUUUAUCAAAGGCAUGAAGAAAUCAAGUGACAUCGAAAGACAGGUUAACUUUGUACGAAGGCGUUUUCACAAAGAUCUUAACUUCAAUCCAGUCCUUAUGCUGAACUUCUGUCCUGACCUUGCUGCCCUCAGUACCCUGAGCUCUGACCUCCCCUCUGUUACCCGUGAAGUCAUUUUUGUUGUCCAUUUGAUGGGAGAGCCAUCUCGCAAUGUUCAGGUUUCACUUCUACUGGCAGUGAGGAGUUUGCCAGCACGCAUUUUGCUGAACAUAGCAGGUGGCACAGGUGACAACAGAGCCCUAUUUCCAGCCAGCAGGCAAUGCACUAAUGACACAUUGGAACUGGCAUGUGAUUUCAUCCAAAGUAAUAAGUUGUGUGGGACAACCAGUAACCUGCUUUCUGUGCUGGGUCGGAUCAUGGAACUUCCUGUGCAUCGAGGUUAUCCGCGGCAACUAUUUAUCAUAACAGAUACUGAUUUUAUUGAUAUGAGCAGGAUUCUAGAGCUUUUUAGAAGACACACAAAAACUACACGGGUGUUUGGUUUUGGACUUGGUUCAAGCACAUGCCACACAUUUCUUGAGAAAGCUUGCAGAAUAACAAAGGGAGCAAUGGAACUGGUCAGUGAGGAUAAAAGACUUCAGCCAAAGAUGAUUAAUGCAUUGAAGAAAGCACUGGAGCCAGCUCUGAGUGACAUUACGAUAGACUGGUAUAUGCCAGAGACUAUGGAGGCUCUGCUCACACCCAAUGAGAUUGCUCCAAUCUACCCUGGUGAUUGUCUUAUUAGCUACUGCACUUUAUAUAAUAUUGCCAGUUUCCGCAGCAAGAAAGGAAUGGCACGGGUAACUAGAGGAGGAUCACUUAGUUCUGUAUUUCAGUCUCAGGAAGAGUCUCAGACUUCAGGGACGACAGAUGCAAGUUGCCUGAACCAGUCUGCUGCUGCUGUGGAGGAUGUUGAACGAGCUCUGCAGGAUAUUUCACAUGAAAUUUCAUUGGAGUUCUCAGCAUGGAGUGAAGAUCCAGAGAGAAGUGAAAGCUUCUGUGGAGAUGGAGCUCAAGUAAGUGACAUUAGAAAACGCAUCGUACGCUCCUCGUAUGUGCAGGAUCAAUACGUCCUUACUCACUGCUCCGUCAGCACAGAGCCAACUCAUGCAGUGACUCAGCCCUCCAGCAGUGACCGCACUCGUGCCCCUAGCCAUGGUUCUACCAGCAGUGAGUCUGUAGGUUCUAGGGAUACUGUUUCAGGAGAUUGUAUGACCCCAUGUUAUGGUAAAGUCUCCCAGCAAGGGCAGAAGACUGUAUCGAAGAGUGAAGGUGUUCCUGUAUCGAAUAAAAACACAACUCCUUCAUGUAAGGCAUCAGUCACCCAGAGUUCAGAGGAGCUGGUCAGAAGGAAAGCCUUGAUUCAGGCAACAAUGUUUGGCCGCAGCUUUUCAUCUCCUCAUGGGGAACUGGAUAUGCUUCGGUUACGCACUGUCUUGGAUAAGGUUUCACAAAGCCAGGAGCCAGAGGAAGAUGGUCGUGCAAAAUGCAGUGAGGGUCUCAAUGAUUCCUGUCAGCUUCAAUCUCCUGCACAGUUGGACUGGGACAUGCUGGUUGAUGCACAGUACCUUUUCUCUGCAUCUCCUGCAGCUGAAGGGAAAAAUGUGGCAUCUGCAGGGAGCAGUGAUUCUGGCUGGCAGUGUCGAGCUGUGAUCCAUGGCUAUAUUGCUGGGAGAAGUCAUUCUUGGGAAACAGCUGUAAACCUAGAUCCUCUUCUUUGCACUGCUGAAGAGGAAGGCGGAAAUCAUACAGAGAUUGAAAGGUGCUGUGACCUGCAUCAGUUAGCUGCACACUCUGUGAUUCAGGACAAUGAGGACAUGGCCAGGAGUGAGUGUGACAUUGAACACGGGUCCUCUCGUCGAUUUCGCCUAAAAGCCAUGCAGUCCAGUAAAUCAUGUUCACAGGUCUCAUCCUUUACCUGCCAUGUCCCUGUAGACCCCACCACUCAGGAGGCUCUCCCAGGACAUAAAAUUGUAUAUAGAGGGGAGCAAAGUAGAAGAAGCUGUAGGUCAAACUCCACAAGAUGGAGCAAUGCAGACAACAGGGGCUCUGAAAAUAUGGAUGACCUAUUUGAAAACGGAGGCAGACCUCCAGUAUCUCCAUCAUCUCCACUAAGGCUGCCCUCUGAGAAUGGCUUGGAAAAGCUGGGAAUCCAAGAAGCUCUCCAAACUACCAGCGCUUUUGGCUCACAGAAGUCUUCAGAUGCAUCCUUGACCUCUAGAAUAAGUGUGGGGAAGAAAAUACGUAGCAUGUCGGGGAAGCUGUCUCCACUGAAACCAUGCUUAACAGGAGAUAAAGAACCAAACACUGAUUGUGUCGUACAAGACUAUUUACCACUGAUAAGCAUACAGUUCGCAGAGGGUUUUUUCAGCUUGAACAGCUCUUUUUCCAGUGUAGUGCAGAUCUCGCUUCAGCGCCUGCUUCGUACUUCGCCAUUCUCCUGUCAUCGUGGGAGCCUAAUUCCUGUGCCUGAGCCUUGCCCUUCAGAAACUGGGGACUAUCUCAAAGUGGGAGCCCCAAACUGUAAAGGCGGGUCUCAACCUGAAGUCCCAGUGACGCAUGAAAACCCUUUUCUACCAGUCUAUGCCACAUCAUGCCCUGAGGCACUUUGUCAUCAAGCAGACAGUGGACGGGGAUCUGAGACUGACCCGUGUGAUACCUCUCCAUGUCCUUCAGAGACGGGAGCAGAACUGGACACAGAUCUUGAAGGCUGUUCCUGGGCUACAGCUGUGGCUCUUGCAUGGCUUGAGCAUCGCUGUGCAGGUUUCUUUACAGAAUGGGAACUGCUUGCAGCCAAAGCAGAGGGAUGGCUACGGUCACAGACAUUUCCUGAUGGGCUGCAGUUGCCAGCUUUAAAAGGGGCUGCUCGUCAACUUUUCCUCCUUCUUCGUCACUGGGAUGAAAACCUAAAUUUAAAUAUGCUUUGCUACAAGCCAGGUGAUGUUUGAGCCAAUUUUGAUAGCCGAAUAAAUGCAUUUACCCAUCACUGGCUA